GUCCUCCUCUUUUCCUUAGCGCUUGGUGCCAACAUCUCAGAAGUGAACAUCACGGAGCCAAGCAACUUGGGUUACCAUGGCAUCAUCAUUGAUGCUGGCUCCAGCGGAUCAAGGGUCUGGGUUUUCGCUUGGCCUGUGCUGAAGUGCGAUUUCAACGCGCCCUUUCCAGUCGCAAUUCCAAGUGUUGUGGCCUCUCAGACCGUUCACCGUGGAUUGGCUACGCUGGGAACGGCCAAACUGAAUGAAACACUGCAAGAGCUGCUGAGCUUUGCGGAAGGCGUUCUGAUUGAUCGCGAGGAUGACUGGUCCGAGUUCCCAGUCUAUCUUUUUGCAACAGCUGGCUUUCGGCGAAUGCGGCCCGAUCAGCGGGAAGGCAUGCUCCAGAAUGUGAGGGCGAUCCUCGCAGACAGCUCCUUCUAUUCAGAGCCUGACCACGUCAGGAUUCUGAGCGGAGAAGAAGAAGGAGCCUAUGGCUGGCUAGCUGUGAAUGCAGAGAAGGGGCUGUUAGAGGAAGCAAGCAAGGGGUCACUUGGCGUCCUCGACCUUGGCGGCGCAUCAAUGCAGAUAACCUUUGUGCCCGAGGACGACAGGUCAGUGCUACAACACUCCUUCCCCGUGCACCUGCAGGGUCGGCAGAGUAACUUGUACUCCGCCUCGUACCUUCAGUUCGGCUUGCGCGAAGCACAGCGAUUGCUGCAGCGGCAGCUAAUAGCACGAGCAUUGGUGGCAGAGACGACGUCGAUCCUGGAACAUCCAUGCAUGCCAAGGGGCAGCAACAUCUCCGAGCUGCUUAUUGGCGACGAGAGCGGCAGUGACAGUGGCAACAGUUCCACACUCGGAGCCUCUCCGCUCAGAGCCACGUGGUACGGAAAGGGCCUCUACGAAGACUGCGCAGAUAAAAUCGCGGAACUCUUUGACAAGAGUGCACCAUGCUACCUUCCGCACUGCACAUUCAAUGGCAGAUAUCAACCGACGCUGGGCAGUCGGCGCUUCCUGGCCUUCUCUGCCUUCAGCUGGGUGGUGGAUGCCUUAGGCCUUCCAGCAGAGGCCACAGCCUUGGAGGACAUCGAGACGGCAGCCAGGUACGUCUGCAAGAUGGAUUGGACAAUGCUGCAUGAGCGAUGGCAACGUCUCGAUGAACAAGCCUUGCAAUCUCUGUGCUUUUCUGCUACGUAUGUGGUGGUACUUUUGCAUCAUGGCCUAGGCUUUGACAAGAAGAGCCACCAGAUUCUGUUCACCCAGGCCCAAGAUCGAGGCAACAUCAGCUGGGCCAGGGGCGCCAUCAUUUGGGAGGUCAACAACCGCUUCAGCCGCCAUCAACCACUGUGCAAGAUGGAUUUUCCAGAGAUCUCUAGCAGUUUCGCUGACAAGGGCAUGUGUCAAAGAAAGUAA